AUGGAGACCAAGGUCGAGUGGUGGAAUACAGAUGAGGGCCGGCUGAGGAAGGCUUCCCGGCUCUAUUCACUCCACUACACCCUCCCAGCCACGCCGCUAUUGUCGCCCGGCUCUAACGAGACAAUAAUCCACAUCCUGCAGACUGUAGCAGCGUGUGAUGUGGAUGGACCAUGCCAUGGAGAGGCGGGCACGCGGGAGUGCCUGUACUACAAUGUGAACUACGAGAUGGAGAAGACAAACCAGAGCGGGGUGGAGCGCUGCGAGGAGGACCAGGACAAGCGCUCCCACUGCUACGCCUCCUGGAGGAACAGCUCCGGCACCAUCGAGCUCGUCAAGAAAGGCUGCUGGCUGGAUGACUUCAACUGCUACGACAGACAAGAGUGUGUCGCGACGGAGGAGAGUCCUCAGGUCUUCUUCUGCUGCUGUGAAGGAAACUUCUGCAACGAACGCUUCACACACCUGCCUGAUGUCGGCGGAUCAAUGAUCAAGGCUCAUCUUCUCAGCUCUGGUCUGCUGAAUGUGACAGUGUAUUGUGUGCUUCCGGUCUCCAUGCUGUCUGUGGCUCUGCUGACCGUUCUGUGGAUGUACAGACACAACAAACCACCCUACGGCCACGUCGAUAUCAUAGAGGACCCUGGCCCUCCCCCUCCCUCCCCUCUCAUUGGGCUCAAGCCGCUGCAGUUGCUGGAGAUUAAAGCCAGGGGGCGUUUCGGCUGCGUGUGGAAGGCCCAGAUGAUGAACGAAUAUGUGGCGGUCAAGAUCUUCCCCAUCCAGGAUAAACCUUCGUGGCAGAAUGAGAGAGACAUCUUCUGCACGCCCGGCAUCCGACACGAAAACCUCCUGCGGUACAUCGGUGCUGAGAAGCGGGGAAGUCACCUGGAGACUGAACUGUGGCUCAUCACCGAGUUCCACGAGAGGGGUUCUCUCUCAGACUUCCUGAAGGGGAGCGUGGUGAGCUGGACUGAGUUGUGUCUCAUAGCGGAGACGAUGGCGUGCGGUCUGGCGUUCCUUCAUGAAGACAUUCCCCGACACAAAGGAGAGGGACCCAAACCGGCCAUCGCUCACAGGGAUUUUAAGAGUAAGAAUGUGAUGUUGAGGUCAGACCUGACGGCGAUCAUUGGUGACUUUGGUCUGGCCGUCCUCUUCGAACCAGGAAAACCUCCAGGAGACACACAUGGCCAGGUGGGGACCAGGCGGUACAUGGCUCCGGAGGUUCUGGAGGGAGCCAUCAACUUCCAGAGAGAUGCUUUCCUCAGGAUAGACAUGUACGCCAUGGGCCUGGUCCUCUGGGAGCUGGUGUCCCGCUGCAAGGCUGCUGACGGUCCUGUGGAUGAAUACAUGUUGCCAUUUGAGGAGGAGAUCGGUCAACAUCCAACGCUAGAGGACAUGCAGGAGGUGGUCGUCCAUAAGAAGAUGAGACCCGUCUUCAAAGACUGCUGGCUUAAACACAUUGGUUUGGCCCAGAUGUGUGAGACAGUGGAAGAGUGCUGGGAUCAUGAUGCUGAGGCUCGUCUUUCAGCAGGCUGUGUGGAGGAGAGGAUCUCUCAGAUUCGCCGCCUGGUCUCCACGACAACACCCCCUACCUCUGACAACCACGCCCUUCAGGUCUCCACAGUGGCGCCCGUUCCCAUGGUCACCAACGUGGACCUGCCACCCAAAGAGUCCAGUAUAUGA